GUGGGAGUGCGUGCGUUUGUAUGUGAAGAAUGAGCUCGCAGAGGGGGAACGUGGCUCGCACGCGGCCCCAGCGGCACCAGAACGCGGAGGUCUUCAGAAACGAUAAGCAUGAUACCAGUACCCAACGCAAGAAAAUCAAUGCAAAACUACAUGAAGGUCUAUGUCAACAUUGUAAAGAGGUCUUAGAAUGGCGUGUGAAAUUCAACAAGUACAAACCACUAACUAAGCCUAAAAAAUGUGUGAAAUGCCUACAGAAGACUGUCAAGGAUUCUUACCACAUAAUCUGCAAACCGUGUGCUUGUGAACUGGAUCUAUGUGCUAAGUGUGGGAAAAGAGAAGAAAUAGUUAUUCCGAUUCAGACGAGCCCAAUGAAAACUGAGAAUCAGCUUGCCAAAAAUUAUCAGCAGAGGAAGAGCACAAGGGAUAACCUUGGGGAUGGUGAUGAAUUAAACUUAGGUGGCUUGGAAGAUGAGGAUGGUCUGGAUUUACUCAUUCAAGGGAUUAAAGACUUGAAACCUGAAAGGACAGAAGUCCAGUGACUUCUUCAAAGAGAAGGUUCUGAUAUGAAUUGAAUUUCUCGUGUGUGUGACUGCUAGAGAAUUUCGUAGUGAAAGGUUCCUGAAGAUUUAAAUAACUGUGUUGAACCAAACCAGUGGCCCAUCUAGUCCAGCAUCUUGUUUCCAACAGUAGCCAGUCAGAUGCCACCAGGAAGCCCCCAAGCUCUUGGAUAACAGCCUUCACCUGCUGACCUCUGUCCAGUGUCUGACAAUCAAUGGUGUUCUGUAUCCAGAAGGGCUCAUUUAGUUAUAAUGACCAAUCAGCAGUGAUGGAUCUAUCCUUCAUGUAUCUGGCCAGUCCCCUUUUAAAAGCCAUCGAAGCCUGUGCCCACCAUCGCAUCUCAUAGCAGCGAAUUCUGCAAGUCAAUGGCCUGUUGUGUGAAAAAAGUCCAUCCUUUUUUCUUCCUGACAUUUGAGUGUAGUUUGCACCAAACUAGUGAAGGUAUGCUACCUGGAAGUUCUUAUUAACAAA